AUGGCGCCUGUUAUCCCUUCAAGCAGCAUCUCACUUAUCCCAGGGUGCACUUUCAAUACAAGAAACACCAACAGUUCAAUAAGAUGCUAUAAUCUAAAAAGAUCCACCCGAAGAACCCUAUCGACUCAAGAUUGUGUAUUACCUCUCUCAACAUCACUUAAAUUAUUCCCACACAUUCACCAUAAACCAAGAUUCGGAAUAUCAUCAUCAGCCACCGAAGUCGAUGUAGCCGUUCAACAAACCGAUUCCGAUUCCCCUGUUUCCAAUUCCGAUUCCAUCCAAACCCCGGAAACACCAACACCCAUUGACAAGUCAAAACAACGAUCACGACCCGCUAGAAAGAGCGAGAUGCCACCCGUGAAAGAUGAAGAAUUAAUUCCGGGUGCAAGUUUCACGGGUAAAGUAAGAUCGAUUCAACCAUUUGGAGCUUUUAUCGACUUCGGUGCAUUCACAGAUGGACUUGUACACGUGUCAAGGUUAAGUGAUGGGUAUGUGAAAGAUGUUGCAAACGUGGUGUCAGUAGGUCAAGAAGUGAAGGUGAAAUUGGUGGAAGCAAACAUUGAAACAGGUCGAAUCGCUUUAACAAUGCGUGAAAACGAGCCUGUGAGUGGUGGUGAAUCGUCUCGACCUAAAAGAAGUCAAAAUCAAAGUCAAAAGUCAAACCAGAGAAGUAACGAAGGAAGAAAGUCAACAAAGUUUUCGAAGGGUCAAGAUCUUGAAGGAACAGUGAAGAAUUUGACAAGAUCAGGUGCUUUUAUAAACCUUCCGGAAGGUGAAGAAGGGUUUUUGCCAGCUUCUGAGGAGGCUGAUGAAGGGUUUGGGAGUAUAAUGGGUGGUGGGUCUUCAUUGGAAAUUGGUCAAGAAGUCAAAGUUAGGGUUUUGAGGAUUGCAAGAGGACAGGUGACUUUAACUAUGAAGAGAGAUGAAGAUAAUAAAGAAUUGGAUUCAAAGCUUCAAGGGAAGGUUUUCACUGCUACAAAUCCGUUUCUUGUUGCUUUUCUAGUUGAAGAUGAAAAAGUUGAAAAAGAAUCUGUUGAAGAGACUGUUACAAGUGAAGAGCAAGUUGAUGUUCCAGUAAUUGAGGAGAAUGUGAAUGUGAUUGAAGCAUUAGGUGAAGAGAAAGUAGAGAUACCAGAGGAGACAGGUGGCAUCACUAGCUCGAUUGAAGAAGUUGAUGCUGUAAUUGAAGAUGAGAAAGUAGAGAUUCCAGAGGAGAUAAGUAAUGCCACAAGCUCAAUUGAACAAGUAGAUGCCCCUGUAGCUGAAGCUGAACAAGUAGAGAUACCAGAGGAGGCAAGUAGUAUCACAAGCUCAGUUGAACAAGUUGAUGCCCCUGUAACUGAAGAUGAGCAAGUAGUAGAGAUGACAGAGGAGACAAGUAGUAUCACAAGCUCAAUUGAACAAGUUGAUACCCCUGUAACAGAAGAUGAACAAGUAGUAGAGAUACCAGAGGAGACAAGUAGUAUCACAAGCUCAAUUGAACAAGUUGAUGCACCUGUAACUGAAGAUGUAAAAAUCGAACCUGUUUCUGAAGAAAAUGGUAGCAUUACAAGCCAAGUACAAGUAGAAACACCUGAGGAUUCAGUUGAACAAAUAGACACAGAGGUUCAAUCUGUCACGCCAGUUGAGGACAAAAAUGACGUAAAUGCCCCUCAACAAGAUGUCGAAAGCAGCACACCUCCACCAUCGGAAGCCACCGCUAAAGCAACAAUAUCACCAGCUCUCGUGAAGAAACUCCGAGACGAAACUGGUGCAGGAAUGAUGGAUUGCAAAAAAGCCCUUUCAGAAACGGAUGGCGAUUUAGUCAAAGCCCAAGAAUACCUCCGCAAAAAAGGCCUUUCAACCGCCGACAAAAAAUCAAACCGAGCCACCGCCGAGGGUCGAAUCGGAUCCUACAUCCACGAUUCCCGAAUCGGCGUCCUUAUAGAAGUCAACUGUGAAACCGAUUUCGUCUCACGUGGUGACAUUUUCAAAGAAUUAGUCAACGAUUUAGCAAUGCAAGUGGCUGCGUGUCCACAGGUACAAUAUCUCGUCCCUGAAGACGUUCCUGAAGAUUUGAUUGAAAAAGAGAAAGCAAUUGAAAUGCAAAAGGAGGAUUUGUUGGCGAAACCGGAGCAAUUUAGGGGGAAAAUUGUCGAAGGGAGGAUUAAGAAGAGAGUUGAGGAGCUUGCGUUGCUUGAACAAGCGUAUAUUAAAGAUGAUAAAGUUGUGGUCAAAGAUUAUGUAAAGUCAACCAUUGCUACAAUUGGUGAAAAUAUAAGAGUUAAGAGGUUUGUAAGGUUUAACCUUGGUGAAGGUUUGGAGAAAAGAUCGAAUGAUUUUGCUGCAGAAGUUGCUGCCCAAACUACCGCCAAGAAGGCGGCGGGCCCCACGGUGGUGGAGCAGCCUGCUGCGGUAACGGAGACGGUUGUUGAGACUGCUAAAGAGGCACCAAAAGUAACAAUUUCAGCAUCAUUAGUGAAGCAACUACGCGAAGAAACGGGUGCAGGAAUGAUGGAUUGCAAAAAAGCACUAUCAGAAACGGAGGGCGAUUUGGUCAAAGCACAAGAAUACCUCCGAAAAAAAGGCCUUUCAACAGCCGAUAAAAAAUCAAGCCGUCUAGCAGCCGAAGGAAGAAUCGGGUCCUACAUUCACGAUUCCCGAAUCGGAGUCCUAAUUGAAGUCAACUGUGAAACUGAUUUUGUUGGGAAGAAGUGAAAAAUUCAAAGAAUUAGUCGAUGAUUUAGCAAUGCAAGUUGUCGCGUGUCCUAAAGUGGAGUAUGUGUCUAUUGAAGAUAUACCCGAGGGUAUUGUGGGAAAAGAGAAAGAGAUUGAGAUGCAAAGAGAGGAUAUUUUGUCUAAACCGGAGGGUAUAAGGGGAAAGAUUGUGGAAGGGAGAGUAGCAAAGAGGCUUGGAGAGCUUGCGCUACUUGAACAACCGUUUUUAAAAGACGAUAGUGUCCUUGUGAAGGAUGUGGUGAAGCAAACGGUUGCGGCACUUGGUGAGAAUAUUAAGGUUAGGAGGUUUGUGAGGUUUACACUUGGUGAGUCGAAAUCGGAAGAAGUUGAGUCUUGAGGGGUAUUUUUUGUAAUGUUGUUGAAGGGUAUUUUAGGGAAUUUUAUCCGAGACAAGGGUUUUUUAUUUGAAACACCGAGUAAUGGUAUAUUGAUAUUUUGUAUCGUGAAAGUGUAACACUUUAUUUUUGGGUUUAUGUUAAAAUUACUUAUUUCAUUAUGAUCGUUAUUAAUAAAAUGCUGUUAUUUGGCGGGUAUA